GUGGCUUGCGUGUCGCCCCCGUGUUGGCCUUCGCCCUCGCAGCUCAGCUCACCACGACCUCAUCUCAUCACGGCACCGGUUGCCCUUCCCCCCACCCGCGAUCUCCGCGCUGGCAGCUAGCCCGGCAGGCAGGCCCUCACCCACCUCCCCUCCUCUCGGCCUCCGUGCUCCCUCGCCGAACCCACCCCGGGCUCAACCGCAGCCGAAGCAACGCUGGGCGCUCCCUCCCCUCCCUCCUCGGCUCCUCCCCAGAUCCGGCGCCGCCUCCACGCUCCGCUCCGCUGCCCUGCCUGCCCCCCUCCUCACCUGCGCGAUCUGAUGCGCCCCCACGCGAUCGCCAGCGGCGAUGCGGUGGAAGCUUAACUCGUCGGUGUACAAGCGCGUGCCGUCCAGGGAGGCCGCCAUGGAGCCCGACGUCGAGACGCCGAUGAGGGCGACGACGGACGCUGUCGCGGACCCGUCGUGGCGCAUGUCGCUGCCGCACGUCUGCGUCGCCACGCUCACCUCGUUCCUCUUCGGAUACCACUCCGGGGUGGUCAACGAGCCCCUGGAGAGCAUCUCUGCCGACCUCGGCUUCUCCGGCAACACACUCGCUGAAGGACUCGUGGUGAGCAUCUGCUUGGGCGGAGCCUUUAUUGGGUGCUUGUUCAGCGGCUCUGUCGCCGAUGGGAUCGGGCGCCGCCGGGCGUUCCAGCUCAGUGCACUGCCCAUGAUCAUUGGUGCUGCCAUAAGUGCUCUCACCAAUAGUUUGGAGGGUAUGCUUCUAGGAAGAUUUUUGGUUGGAACAGGGAUGGGCUUGGGCCCACCAGUAGCUUCAUUAUACAUAACGGAGAUUUCUCCUCCUACAGUGAGGGGUACAUAUGGCAGCUUUGUUCAGAUUGCGACCUGUCUUGGAAUCAUUGUAGCACUCCUAAUUGGUACACCUGUUAAAGAUAUUGAUAGAUGGUCAGAGACUUUCUGCUGUAUUGCGAGCCUGUUGAAGUUUAUCUGUGUGAAAUCCAUCUGUACUAAAGAUGUUGCUUUCGGCAGGUGGAGAGUAUGUUUCUGGGUUGCAGCUAUACCAGCAACUUUACAAGCUCUUGCUAUGGAGUUCUGUGCCGAGAGCCCCCAGUGGCUAUAUAAGUGUGGAAGAACAAUUGAAGCAGAGAUGCAAUUCGAAAAGCUUCUAGGCCCCCUUCAUGUAAAUUCAGCCAUGGCAGAACUUUCUAGAUCUGAAAGAGAUGAUGGAGAAAGUGUAAAGUACUCAGAAUUGUUUUAUGGUCGCCACUUCAAUGUUGUUUUUAUUGGCGCGGUGCUCUUUGCUUUACAACAGUUAUCUGGCAUAAAUUCUGUGUUCUAUUUCUCCUCAACUGUGUUCAGAGGUGUGGGGGUGCCUGCUAACCUUGCCAACAUAAGCAUGGGGAUUUCGAAUCUAUCAGGCUCCAUUAUAGCAAUGGUUCUAAUGGACAAGUUAGGUAGAAAAAUGCUUCUUUCUGGGAGUUUCCUUGGAAUGGCCUUCGCAAUGGGGCUUCAGGCUGUUGGAGCAAACCGUCAGUUUCUUGGUUCUACAAGUGUAUAUCUUUCAGUUGGUGGAAUGCUGUUGUUUGUCUUGUCAUUUUCAUUAGGAGCAGGCCCAGUUCCUGGACUUCUUUUGCCUGAGAUUUUCCCCAAUAAAAUUCGAGCGAAGGCUGUGGCUCUCUGCAUGUCUGUGCAUUGGAUUGUAAACUUCUUUGUUAGUCUGCUGUUCUUGCGUCUUCUGGAGCAACUUGGUCCACAGGUUCUGUACACAAUAUUUUCAUCAGUCUGUGUGAUAGCUUCAAUAUUUGUGCGGCGCCAUGUCCUUGAAACAAAGGGAAAGACAUUGCAAGAGAUAGAAGUUUCACUCCUACAAGCACAAUAAAGGUUCUAUCUGGGUGGUACAGAUUCGGCGUUGAUUGGAGUCUGACAUGACACUGCUUGCUGAAUACCAACCAGCUGCUCUGGUAUCCUGCUCGCUGAUUCCUGAAUCAAGUCGUCUCUUGAGAAUGGCGAUGCCCUACAAUGGUCCCAGGGAAGUUACAGACAUGCGCCUGCGACUGCUAGGGCAUCCCAGUUUCUACGUAGACAUGUACUGAGGUUGUGCCUGUAUAGCCCGCCCUAGUUAUAGGAUACCAUGUAUUUUCUUUUCUAUUUAUACAAAUACGUGUUGAUGUACCAGUGAGAAGAUACUACAGCUGGGCUGUUGAUGAGCACAGUUAGAACGAGGAACAUCUCAUGAUUUGCAUUAUACGUUCGGACGAAUAAUUAAGAACAUCUCGUCUAGUUGAAACAAUGAAACUGGAGGCGUUGUUGGA